GAUCGGUCCUGUCAACAUCAUUGCUUCGUCUGGGCUGAAGCAGUGAGCAUCAUGUUUCCGCAUCUCACCGUUUUGGUGUUGGCCCUAGGUGUGGCUGUAGCCGCGCCCAAGGGUCACAAGAAUCACUGGAGCUGCCACGACACAGGGCGCGGGGCGCGUUUUGAAGAACAACACGCCUUGGGCACCUGGAUACUGCUGCGUAUGAAGACCGAGGCCACCAACGCCAUGGACAACACGCACUGCGUCGACUUCUCACGCGUCAAUGAGGAGGAACGCAAUGGCCUCAAAGAGCUGAUCGCCCAAUACGUGGAGAACCUGGAGUGGAAGAACAUAACCCUCAAGAUGCAGAUACCCUGCGCGCAGUCCAACGCCACUCGCCGGGCCACUUACUUCCUCGAGCGGCUGGAGGACCACGGCUCGUACCGCACUCUUCAGAUGCCGGCCAAUAACGCCAAAUUCGACCUGGCCGAGUUCCACCGUUACCCGAUGCGUCUGAAGCUCCUGGAGGGCCGCUACCUGCACAUGCUGGACUGUAUGGACCACGUGGCAUUCCUGAUGGGCCGCACGCACAGCGUGGACGAUCGCCUGCGCGCGCUGCUCGACGCCUUCUGGCCUGAUGAUGCCUCCACCAUCAACCAACUCUAGGUACCUACUGUUGCAUAUGUCUGGACCACGUGGCCUUCCUCAUUGGCAGGACACACCGCGUGGACUAACGCCGCACCUUGGACAUUACGUGAAAUAUGUUAAGUUACGACAUACGACGAAAUGGUUUUUAGUAAGGUAGAGUUUGUGAAGUUAGGGCUUGUGUUAGAAGCUUGCCGCUACAUGAGAUCUAAUAGCUUUUUGACAGGCGACCCGCAGUGCGUAUUUACAUUACCUGAUCCGAUAUCGGAUGUAGGGCCAAUAUCCCAUACAUUUAAGCGGCAAUCUUUGAUUUUUAUCUUUGAAAUCCUUCCGACAUCCGAUAUCGGAUCGGAUCAUGUGAAAACGCACUCGGUCUCAUCUUGGCAACAUUUUACAUGGAAAUGUAUUGGUGGGAUACAUUUUAUAUGUUAAGUAGGUACUUGAAUCCUUAUCCGAGAAUCACCAAUAGAAGAUUUUUUGUUUCAGGGAUCCUUCUUAUCUGGCUGAUGAAUUAUGUUUAUGUAUGUAAAUCGAAAUAAAUAGUUAUUUUUAUAGAUAGUUUUAAUAAUACAA